UGAAUCAGAAAAGAUCAAUGAAUAUGAAAAGAAAUUAAAUAGAAUUCACUUUACAGAUUAUGAAAAAAAAAUACGUGAAAAAAAUGAAGAAAUAGAAUCAAACUUUCUUCUUAUAAUUGGAUUAAAAUCAGUAUAUGAUUUAAUUGUUGAAUUUGGAUAUGCAGCAAAGAGAUUAAAGCUUUUGGGUUCGAUUUCUAUUCAAAAAAUACUAGAUUUUUUGAAGAAACUUAAUUAUGUGUUAAAACAAACUAAAGAUUCGGUAGAAGUUUUUAAAAGGAGCGAAUUGUGUCUAAAAGAUUGUUGUCUUUAUUAUGUUAUAGAAAAUUUGUUACAAAUAGGCUGCUUAGUUAACAACUUUUGUACACAAAUUGUAGUCAAAAAUAUUGCAAAGGAUUGA